AAAUAGCAGAAAUCUCUCUUAACAUCUCAUUAAUGAAGUUUCUUGUCUCGAAAGAACUCCAGACCCAGUGGCCAGUGUUUUGAGAGCGCAUUGCCAGGUUCACUCUUAAAAAUUUUUCUCUUAUCUCUAUAACCUUGUUUUCAACUAAAAAGGUUACACACCUCAAUUAAACCAUCUGUUAACUAACUUCAUCUAACUUAGUACUACCAAUUCUACUGAUUCGAGAGAUAGCACGUGAAUACGGUGAGCCCUAAAUAUUGCUUCGGUCCAUAAUCCAAGUGGUUGACCAUAUCUAAAUUAAUUGGUCGAAGUAUCGUUUGGUUAUCACUGAAUUACGUACGAUUACUCCAGAUUCGUCGCAACCCCUCGGAGAUCGAAGAACUAUAAUUUUAGAUUGGAUAAUAAAAUAUUGUUGUUAAAAAUGUCAGACGUGAGGCCAACGAUGACUGUCUCAACAAACACCAAUAAUGGUGCUUGCGUUGUUUGCUACAGGAAUGUAAACAUUUACAGCAUCGGUAUGUGCGAGCAUCCGGUGUGCUACGAGUGCAGCACACGAAUGCGUGUGCUAUGCAAACAGAACGAGUGUCCAAUAUGUAGACAAGAUCUUCCCAAGGUCGUCUUUACCACGGUGAUCAAACCAUUUCGUCACAUACGCAGGGGCAAUCUCCUGGACACUCGUUACAAUAUUUAUUUUGAGAGCCCAGAUAUUCUGGAGAAGUUUACAGAACUUCUGGCUCAUUCCUGCAACCUUUGCGACGAGAGACAGGUUUUCAGCAGCUUCAACAGCCUCAAAGACCAUAUGAGGAAGAAACACGAAUUACAUUAUUGUGACCUUUGUGUCGAAAACCUAAAGAUAUUUUCCUGUGAGCGUCGCUAUUACUCUCGUCCAGACCUCGCCCACCACCGUCGAAAGGGUGACACAGACGACAAGAGCCACAAAGGGCAUCCCCUCUGUGAAUUCUGUGAUCGCAGAUACAUGGACAACGACGAAUUAUUCCGUCACUUGCGCCGCGACCACCUGUACUGCCAUUUCUGUGACGCUGACGGUUUACACCAGUACUACAGUUCCUACGAUUACCUGCGAGACCAUUUCCGUCAGGAGCACUAUCUCUGCGAGGAGGGUGUUUGCUCGGAGGAGAAGUUCACCCCAGUCUUCCGAACAGACAUAGACCUGAAGGCGCACAAGGCUACAGUGCAUGGCAAGCACCUGGGCAAAGCGGCAACAAAGCAAGCACGAACUUUGGAGCUAGAGUUCACCUUAGCACCUCGUGGAGACCCCAGAAAUGCUCGAAGAGUUCCGCCAAUGGGUGCAGGCCCCUCCUACAGAGAUUACACCCCGAGGAGUCGUGAGUACGUGGAACAGAGGGACUUCCACGAGUCCGGCACCCCAUUUUUCGACCCCGAGGCCUCGUUCAUGCGUCAGCCCGACGUCCAGAGUACUGAAGAGUUUCCUUCACUGGGUAACGCCCCCGUCCCCUCGAAUCCCACGCAGACCAAAACAAAGGGUCGAGGCAAUCUCACUAUCAGAAAUUCCCUGGCUCCGCGACCUCUCGCCGUCACCGACGAGAACUUUCCUGCCCUGGGGCCAGACUCCACCCCCAGCAGUGUCUCCAAAACGGUCAAUUUAAGUGUCUACUCGUCGAGCAGGACCCAACCAUCGAGCUCAGGCCCAUCGCGACCUCAGAGUUCAGCCCCUAACGUCUCCAUCCAGGUGAAUCACAAAACCGAUGGAAGUAUAACGACUCGCGUAUCGGGGCCGACUGUCAGAAUCCGACCAAACACUUUCACCAGAGAUUCUGAUUUUCCCGCACUAGGGCGCAGUGACUCCAACACCUGCAGAAUGGACUCCACCGCCUCAGAAUGGACGAAAGUCAGCUGCGUCAAGCCCUCCUCGAGCUCGAAGAAGAAAGUCGCUCCGGCCCCUGUACUAGAUCAUCCAGCUUCCCCAGUCCCCUCUAGUGAGGCUUUUCCCAGCCUCCCCAAGUCCUCGAAGGCUAAGAAGUCCUCAGUAUCAGUGGUGGCUAAUGACUCUGCCUACGCCUCCACUUGGAAUCGGUCUACAGUAAUCGAUAACGAAUCAAACUCUAGUGAUGCGAACAAGGUCAAUACGAAGAAAAAGAAAAAAAAGAAAGUAAAAACAUCAAGUGGUAAUAACUCAAGUGGAAAUGAAUCAUCAGCCUCGAAAUCAAAUGUACAAAGUGCCCAGAUGCAGGAUAAACCGUCCGAAGCCCUCAAGCAGACGUCAAACCAGUCGUCAGGGGCAGGCAGAGUUGACUGUCAUAAUCAGGAGAACCAAAAAUCAACAAAGAAGAAAAAUAAUUUCCCAGAGCCUCAGUCCAUGACUAAUUCACUGGAGAACGAGACAAAAGCGUCUACCAAUGGACUACGAAAGAGAUCGGAAUUAAAAAUAGAUAGUUUAAACAAUACGAAUAAUGUGCGAAGAACAGCGGAGGAGUUUCCAGCGCUAAGUAGAUCAUCAAAGACAACUCCAAAUCCACCCCCUGGCUUCAGUACCGGACCACCACCACCACCUGGAUUUGCGGUUAAACUCAAUAGCACUGAACAAUCUCGAGCUGACAAUGGCCUGACAUUUACAAACAGUUCAGGGGAGAGCUUCUCCAUUUUCCCUGAUAGCAGUGAUAAAUCGUGGACCUAUGUGCCACCGUUGGACUUUCCCAGGAGGAAUAAAAAUCUGGUAGCAAAAAUUGGAGAGGUCUUGGAGAGCCAGAAAGAAUCAAUGGAAGAGUUUCGGUAUUUGAGUGGACUCUUUCGCCAGGGAACACUCAGUGGAGAACACUAUUACAAAAAAUGCAGGAGUGCUAUGGGCGCUGAUUCAUUUCAAGAUGUUUUUCCAGAAAUGCUUAUUUUACUGCCGGACAUUGGUAAACAAAAGGAACUUUUUGACUUGCAUAAGAAGGAAGUGGGUGGUGUUAAAACAUUAGAUGUCUGCAGUACCUGUGGGCAGAUUGUAAAAACUGGGAGUGAUUUUAAGGCACAUUUAUCGAGUCAUACUCUGGACUGCCACUUUCCUGCUCUCGGUCAGACCACCACUGUUGUGGGAAAUACGUGGGUUAGGAGAGGGGCAUGAUGCUGAAUUAUUGAUUGUUGAAGCAUCAUUAAUCCUUACUGGUUGUUAAUGAUUUUCAUUAUUGGCGGAUGGGGGGGAACAGAUUUUCAGGGCUAAGUUGUUCAUUGUUUGGAUAUGCAGGGAUCAUAGAGGGAUUGAGAAUUUUGUGGAUUCGAAAAUUCUUACUUUAACUCACGUUGAAAAACAAAUUAUUCACUCGUCUCAUUUUGCCAUAUCUCCUUCUUCGGUGAGUAUAGAAAUUAUUUUUGGGAAAAAUCGAAUUUUUCUCUCGUUUGAAAGGAUUUUUUUCAUCAGUACGAAAGUGGUAAUGUGAAAUAAGUCGAAUUUUAGUACUGGUAAAAAAAUUAAUCAUCUGUAAAAAAAGUUCCUCAGCGUUUAAAUAUCUCUGCAGAUGAAGAAGAUGAAAUUUUUGUAGAACCAUUUUUUGGAGCGUUCAAUCCUCUUCGAAAAAAAAAUUUUUGAUAAAAAUAUUAUUGGCUCCUGUCGUUUCCGCGAUAUUUUCGAAGACUCACCGAAGACCACUUAUCUCAUCCUACCACUUCGAGACUGAGUUUAUAAUUCAUAAAAAUAUUAAAUACGAUUUAUCUCACUUUCAUUUUCCUACUAGUGUACAUUCAUGAGGAAGAAAUUUCAGAGAAAUAGAGAUUUGUCAAUACUGGAACGUCUUGAGAUCUAACUCUUUAUUUCUUCUGCGUUGUAUGUAGAUAUUUAAGUUUAAGACCUAACGAUUGAUUAUAUUUCUGUUGUAAAAUUGAACAAAAGAUUUUUCAAUCACCGAUGUACCAUUUUGUACAAUAAUAAAGUUAACAGAAGGAUUUAUAUGAACAUUCCGAUUGAAAUUAUUACCAACAAUUAUUUCCUCUCGUGAUUUAUUAGUAGGACAUAAGAUACUUUCUUUACAAAUGAUAUGUACAUGUUGGAUAUCUGAUGAAGAACACUGAGAUUUCAAUCAUUUGUAAAAAAAACCAAAGGAACAUAAACCAAACGCCUAUAAUUUUUCACCCGCUAUAAUACUCAUAGAAUCAUUAAUAGUAACAUCGAGCUGGCAGAAUUAUUUUUCUCGUUCCGAUGUAUAAAAUAUGAUUUCAUGAUGGAUAAUUCCGCAAUUGAAGCAAUAGUGUGACCUAAA